AUGGACUGUAUCAACUUCAGCUUCGAAGGAGAAAAUUUAUGUGAUAUUUCGUGGGCUGCAAAAAACUAUGCAUGCAGCUUUUGCAAGAGAGAGUUCAGGUCUGCUCAAGCUCUUGGGGGUCAUAUGAAUGUCCACAGGAGAGACAGAGCUAGGUUGAGACUCCUCCCUCCAAGCCUUUCUUCAGAAAUAUGUCCUCAUAACCCUAACCCUAGCUCUUAUUUUUCUCCCUCUUCAUCAUCAUCAUCCUCUCUUUCAUCCUCUAAGGGCUUACCACACAAUUACUCAUCAUGUCACUCCUUGCUUUCUCCUUCUUUGAGGGCUUUGAUGUCUGCAACUUCAUCUACAGAUGGAAACAAGAAACCCAAAUUCAAGUACAACUCUCCUCAAAAUCAUGUUCCUAAUUUGAUUCCCAAGAAAGGCAAGAGAGGUUAUGUGGAUCAUGAGGCCGGAGAAAUAUUGAAGGGUUUUGCACAAAAAGAUCUGGAUGAUGAGUUCAACAAGGUUGAUGAUAUGAAGAAAGAGAGUAAUAUUAUUAGGCUGGACUUGGACAUGGGGUUCUUCAAAGAUCACAAGGAGGAAGUGGAUUUGGAACUUCGACUUGGGCAUCUGUAG